CCUUCCACAUUUCACGAUUUCCAACGGCGCGCCCGAGCCGAACUCUCAAGCGCGCACACGCACAGACAGGCGCUCUCUACUUACACACACUCACACUCUCCCUAUACACACAUACACUCUACACACACACACUCUACACACACUACACACUCUACACACACACACACUUACACACGUGUCAUUCACACGCCGGUGCAUGAAGCGUCCCAGUUGUGAGCCGCGAAUUCCGUGAGUUCAAGUGGUGGUGGUGGUGGUCACGCCACUCGCCGCUUGCUGCCAGUCGCCCUUUCGCUGUCCUGCUUCUACGUUUAUCGUCAUCAGCGAUCUCCCACCGACGUCGUUACUCAUCAUCAUCAUCAGCAGCACCACCACCAUCAUCAUCACCAUCCGCUCAGGGUUCAGAGGAGUCGGUGGCGAGCAGCGGGCGGCAUGGAUUACGAGCGGAGAGACGCGCAGCAUCGGGGAACGCCGGUGCUGGAACCUCUCCUGUCAACGAGGAACGAUGAUGAGGCUGUGCUGGACCGGGGCAAGACGAGCGCCAUCCUCUUGACAAACUUCGAGAAGGAGGAGCUGGAAGCUCACCGCACGGUCUACAUCGGCCUACACGUGCCCUCGGGCCGCAGGAGCCAUCGCCGUCACCGCCACCGCGGAGGCCACCGUCACCACCAUCGUCGCCGGGUCCGUGACAAAGAGGCCAACGCAGACGACUCGGAGUCUGGGUGCCAAGACACGCCGUCGCAGCGCGUGCAGUUCAUCCUGGGCGUGGAGGAUGACGACGAGGAGCAUGUGGCCCACGACCUCUUCACGGAGAUGGACGAGCUGUGCAUGCGCGACGGUGAGGAGUGCGAGUGGAGGGAAACGGCGAGGUGGCUGAAGUUUGAGGAGGAUGUGGAGGACGGUGGCGAGCGGUGGAGCAAGCCGUACGUGGCGACGUUGUCUCUGCACAGCCUCUUCGAGCUGCGCAGCUGCAUCAUGAACGGCACCGUGAUGCUCGACAUGAAGGCCACCACGCUAGACGAGAUCGCUGACCUGGUGCUCGACAACCAGAUCGCGUCGGGGCAACUGGACGUGGCCGUGCGCGACCGCGUGCGCCAGGCGCUGCUCAAGCGCCACCACCACCAGAGCGAGAAGAAGCUGAGCCACCGCAUCCCCAUCGUGCGCUCGCUCGCCGACAUGGGCAAGAAGUACUCGGACACGCACCUGCUGGAGAAGAACGGCCAUUGGCUUGGCGCCCACCGGGCCUCCCUGACUUGCUCGCGUGCGAACCUGCUCCAGAAGCGCGCCUCGAUCCCCACCAGCCCCCCCCCUACCGAUGGCACCGCCCCCACCGAGUACGCAACCGAGCGGCCCCGUAGCCUGGCCGCGGGCAAAGGCGGCGCGGCACCUUCCCGCGGGCGGGAAGCCCCUGCCGGAGACCGCCGUAGCUCGACGGCCGGAGCCGAUUGUGGUGACGGUAGCGGCGGCGACGACGAAAGUUGGGACGAGCUGCGCCGUAGCUCAACGGUGGUGCUCCCCGUGGUGCUAGAGGAGUUGCCGGCACGUGCCGCGCUCCACCAGGGUUGUUGCAGCUGUGGAGGCCAGUGCCUGGCCAAUCCCUAUAGAGCCUGCAUGGAGCCGAGCCGCCUGGCUGCCGGGGCCAAUAGCUUCUUGACCUCGCCACAUUCGGCUCCCGGGAACCUGGCAGAUGAAGACAAGGUGUGCGAGGGCCGUGCUGGGGAGUCCAGCACUGUGGACUUCAGCAAGCAGCCCUCAGCCACAUGGCAUUGUGGCUGUAUCUCCCCAGACCAAGGAUGGCCUGGCAUUGUCGUGGACCUGAACUUCCUGCGGAAAAUCCCGCAAGGAGCGGAAGCGUCGAACGUUCUGGUGGGGGAGGUGGACUUCCUGGAGCGCCCGGUCAUCGCGUUCGUGCGCCUCUCUCCGGCCGUGCUGCUCUCCGGGCUCGCGGAGGUCCCCAUCCCCACGCGGUUCCUCUUCAUUCUGCUGGGACCGUCGGGCAAGGCUACCCAGUACCACGAGAUCGGCCGAUCCAUCGCCACCCUCAUGUCAGACGAGAUAUUCAGUGACGUCGCGUACAAGGCCAAGGACAGGAAGGACCUCCUGUCGGGCAUCGACGAGUUCCUGGACCAGGUGACGGUGCUCCCCCCCGGGGAGUGGGACCCCUCCAUCCGGAUAGAGCCCCCAAAGAAUGUCCCCUCUCAGGAGAAGCGCAAGCUGCCGAGCCUCGUGAACGGCGCGUCGUCACAGGCGUUGGAGCCGGAGCACGAGAGCCACGGCGCGGGACCCGAGCUGCAGAGGACUGGCAGGAUAUUCGGAGGUCUGGUGCGCGACAUCAAGCGGAAAAUUCCGUUCUACUUGAGCGACUAUCGCGAUUCCCUGAACCUGCAGUGCAUCGCCUCCUUCCUCUUCCUGUACUGCGCCUGCAUGUCGCCAGUCAUCACAUUCGGGGGGCUGCUCGGGGAGGCCACCGAGGGACGCAUCAGCGCCAUCGAGUCGCUGUUCGGGGCUUCCAUGACGGGCAUCGCGUACUCGCUGUUCGCGGGGCAGCCGCUCACCAUCCUGGGCAGCACGGGGCCUGUGCUCGUCUUUGAGAAGAUCCUCUAUAAGUUCUGCAAGGACUACGAUCUCUCGUACCUGUCGUUGCGCGCGUGCAUCGGCCUGUGGACGGCAUUCCUCUGCCUCCUGCUCGUGGCCACGGACGCCAGCUCGCUCGUCUGCUACAUCACACGCUUCACCGAGGAGGCCUUCGCCUCCCUCAUCUGCAUCAUCUUCAUCUACGAGGCACUGGAGAAGCUCGUGCACCUGGGCGAGACGUACGAGGUCAACAUGCACGCCGACCCCGAGCUGCUCACCCAAUACUCCUGUGUGUGCGUCGAGCCGAGUGUUCCGAGCAACGAAACUCUGGCCGCAUGGGACAGUAUGAACCACACAGCGGACAGCAUUCCCUGGGGAAACCUGACAGUCAGUAAAUGCUUAGAAUUACACGGUGAGUUCGUGGGGACGGCGUGUGGCCACCACGGGCCCUACAUCCCUGACGUCCUCUUCUGGUCCAUCAUCCUCUUCUUCGCCACGUUCUUCCUCUCCGGAUUCCUCAAGCAGUUCAAGACCAUGCGCUACUUUCCCACCAAGGUUCGCUCCACGGUGAGCGACUUUGCCGUGUUCCUCACCAUCCUGAGCAUGGUGGUCAUCGACUACUUCCUGGGCAUCCCCUCGCCCAAGCUCCAGGUUCCCAGCGAAUUCAAGCCCACGCGGGAUGACCGGGGCUGGAUCGUGGACCCCAUCGGGCGCAACCCGUGGUGGACGAUCCUGGCUGCUGCCAUCCCUGCUCUUCUCUGCACCAUUCUGGUCUUCAUGGACCAGCAGAUCACAGCCGUCAUCAUCAACCGCAAGGAGCACAAGCUGAAGAAGGGCUGCGGCUACCACCUGGACCUGCUGUGGGUGGCCAUCAUGCUGGCCGUGUGCUCCAUCAUGGGGCUGCCGUGGUUCGUGGCGGCUACGGUGCUCUCCAUCUCGCACGUCAACAGCCUCAAGGUCGAGUCGGAGUGCUCCGCACCCGGCGAACAGCCCAAGUUCCUGGGCAUCCGCGAGCAGCGCGUCACAGGGCUCAUGAUCUUCGUGCUCAUGGGUUGCUCCGUCUUCAUGACCGGUGUUCUUAAGUUCAUCCCAAUGCCGGUGCUGUACGGAGUCUUCCUGUACAUGGGGGCCUCUUCUUUGAAGGGAAUCCAGUUUUUCGACCGAAUCAAGUUAUUCGGAAUGCCAGCGAAGCACCAGCCCGACUUCAUCUACCUGCGCCACGUGCCGCUACGCAAGGUGCACCUGUUCACCGCCGUGCAGUUCACCUGCCUCGUGCUGCUCUGGGUCAUCAAGGCGUCGCCCGCCGCCAUUGUCUUCCCCAUGAUGGUCCUGGCGCUGGUGUUCAUCCGCAAGCUGCUGGACUUCUGCUUCACCAAGCGGGAGCUGAGCUGGCUCGACGACCUCAUGCCCGAGAGCAGGAAGAAGAAGUUGGAGGACGCUCUGCGCGAGCAGGAGGACAGCGAGCUCAGGAACAGCGGAGGCAGCCGGAGCCGGGAGACCCAGCGCAUGCUGGAGGUGGCCGAGGUCGGCACUGUGCAGGUUCCACUGGAAGGAGGAAACGUUCUCAAGAUCCCUGUCAAGGGCAUCAAGUUCAGCCAACGUGACCCUUCCAUCAUCAACAUCUCGGAGGAGAUGUCCAAGACGGCGGUGUGGAAAACUCUGGCUGGCAAUACUGACAACGCUCACGUGGAUGUUGAGAGCUCAUCCCCUUCCCCUGUUUAACAAAUGCACCGGGCAAAACCCUGGCAAGAAGGUGAACUUGGUGCCAGGAUGUGUCGAGCAUCAUGCACCUUCGGAAACCUCGGUGUGAUGACUCGUGUAUCGCGUGGCGCUCCCGCAACGCCUCGCAGUCAGCGGCUUCCACCACCACCACCACCUUCACCACGGUUGUGAUUUCCAGUCCCACUUGGCCACCCUUGCUGUGCCGUCUCGUCCUGCUCGGCGUGUAAGAGCAACAUGGCGUUUCAUUUGUCAUGGCUUCGUAACUUGUCGUCGGCACACGUUCAUCAACAAUGAAAAAUGUUGAAUCUUGUGAAACAAUGAGAAGGAAAUGAGGUGUCAGAGAAAGGGGUCGGUUGUUGCCCUGAUGAAAAAAAAACCGACACCUUUAAUGAACACGAUGAUCACGAUGCACAUUGAUUUACAUUGAGAAGGUUUAAUUGUGCAAUGCAGAAGCUUGAAUAAAAAUCACUGCAAAGUACUGCGAGUGCAGCUUUAUGGACAGGGGUACCUUUCCCAAGGGAGUCGCAUUGAUCACUUAAGACUGCAACGUUCCUUCUGAAGUAAAACUGCCAUGUAAUUAAGCGCAUCUUUAAUUUCAAACGAUUCACUGUUGAAUAACAUCAGUGUGAUGAAAAAAAACAUUUGUAUUUUGUUCCAGUACUUCCUUCAAUAGCACUUACUCGUAGUCCUUGAGUAAUACUUGUUUAAUGCAUUUGUUUACAACACAUGUCGAUCAUACAUUAUUUAAUUUUGACUCAUAAUUUUUGUAUAUUUAGAUAACAGCUACAAUCGACAUUAUUUUGGUGAAAACCGUUAUGGUACUUUUGGGAUAUGUUUGUCGAACAAAAUGCUUAUCAGAUGAUGAUAAAUGCUCCUUUAAGGAUUAAUUUAUUUAAGAGAUUUCACUGGUGUGACGGUGGUGUAUAUUUCUUUUGUUGUAAGCUGUAUGUUUUAUACAUUGCGCAUCAGAAAUGUUAUAGUCACUGCCAACAUUUGAUCCAGUCGCCUUAAUUAUGUUUCUUCUAGGUAACUCAAGUCUUAUAAAUGCAGUUUACUUGUCAACAAAUCUCCAUUGUAUUUCUGCUUAAGUGUGAUCAACACAGACAAUUUUGGAAAACUUGAUAAUGAAGAAUGACCAUAUGUAGAGUGGUUGUGAUUUUCACGAUCGCUGUACUUUGUUACCCAGCACUCCUUCGGCUGUUUUGGGUUAAAGUUGUACUAAAAGGACCUGGAUGGGGUUUUUUUCCCCACAUUUUGCAAGCUGGGCUAUAAUUCUCACUUGACACUGUGUUUUAGCAGGUGAAUCUACCCACCAGGUAAAGUGAAAUAUUGUAUUUGUGAGAGUAAUUUUGCCUGUUGGGAAAUAACACAUUUAUAGUAACCAUGAGAAGCCCAAAUGUGGUUUCUCCCAGACUGACUGAGAAGAUCACCAGUUAUCCUUUUUGCAAUCAAGCGGUGUUGAUUUUUACAGAUCUAUAAUGCUCUUUUUAAUUAAUUAGGCUGUGAAGUAGUAUAACUCUUCCUUUUAAUGUUUGUACUUAAAGAUUCUUUUUCAACAGCUUCUACGUGUAAUUUCUACCUUUGACAAGAAACGUGAAAAUCAGUGUUUUUGAAUACUCGGCCUUCCUGUAGUAUUUCAUGACCUGGCCCAAUAAAUAAAAGUUAACAAAAAUAUGUGCCACAAGGCAUGUUUACGUCCAAUAUCCACAGUACAAAGAGCCCAGUUUAAAGGCUCUUGCGACAACUGUUAGGGUCCACAGUGAUACAUAAUGCAGCAUUUCUGACUGCCACUGUUGGUCCCAUGCUGUUAGCAGUGAACAGUAACAUUGUGGAUGUGACAAAAAAAGCCAACAUUUCCUAGCUUCAUUAUCUCUGGGCCCAGCAGUGGAGUUUGUUUAAAAAAAAUUGAGCUACAUCUUUCAAACAUAAACGUUCGUAUUUUGUAAAGAUGUGAAAUGACCCGUUUUUAAUGAGGAAAGCAAUAAAUUAAAUAAAACUGGAA